UGACAUGGCGGCGCGCAGCGGCAAUAAGUUCUCGGUGCUGCUGCCCACCUACAAUGAGCGCGAGAACCUGCCGCUCGUCGUGUGGCUGCUGGUGCGCACGUUCCGUGAGAGUGGGACGGACUUCGAGAUUAUCGUCAUAGAUGAUGGCAGCCCGGACGGGACGCAGCAGGUUGCCGAGCAGCUGGAGGCGAUCUACGGGUCGGAUAAAAUCCUUCUAAGACCCAGACCAAAGAAGUUGGGCCUUGGCACUGCUUAUAUCCAUGGAAUGAAGCACGCCACUGGGAAUUUUAUUGUUAUUAUGGAUGCUGACCUAUCUCACCAUCCGAAAUUUAUUCCGGAGUUCAUCAGAAAGCAGAAAGAAGGCAAUUUUGAUAUUGUAUCUGGAACAAGGUAUAAAGGAAAUGGAGGAGUAUAUGGCUGGGAUUUGAAAAGAAAAUUGAUCAGUCGUGGUGCCAAUUUCAUAACUCAGGUUUUGCUGAGGCCAGGUGCAUCAGAUUUAACAGGGAGUUUCAGGUUAUACAGAAAAGAAGUCUUACAGAAAUUAAUGGAAAAAUGUGUUUCUAAAGGCUAUGUCUUCCAGAUGGAAAUGAUUGUUCGGGCCAGACAGCUAGGAUAUACGAUCGGAGAGGUUCCCAUUUCGUUUGUUGACCGUGUCUAUGGAGAAUCUAAACUCGGAGGCAAUGAAAUAGUCUCCUUCUUAAAGGGACUCUUGACGUUGUUUGCUACCACGUAGGAUUUGCUCCUAAAUUCCUUUCUUUAGAAAAAUGCUUUCUGCCAUCGCUAUGGUUCCUAGCAUAUAGCAGCAGGAGUUUGAUAACUUCCCUGGUGACCUGAAGACCUGCUAUAAACUAACAGUUAAACGAACCAAGAAUAAUUAACUAAAUGGACUGUAUUGCAAAAUGCACCUUUCAAAAUAAACUAUGUGAAACUAGUCAAAAUAAAGGCAUAUACCCUAUAC